AUGAAGGAACUAACUGCUAAAGGGAAGGAUGGAGUGCUUUCUGUCAAGAAGAACCAGAUUGACUGUGAAGGGACAGGACCAUCACCUCAAGGACAAAUCCCAGACACAGAAGGAGAGGCCCCCCUAAAGGCCGGGUCUAUUACACGAGCAUGA